UGGCAUUCAUUCUGGGGUGGAUAACCAUCGGAAAGGUGUCGCUGGAUUCGUUUUGUUGAUGGGGCCAAUGCCUCGAGGCCUUACGUAGGGCUUGAUGGAAUGAAAAUCCCAUCCCAUCCCAUCCUAUCCGAAAGAAGAAAGCCCCAAACCAGUCAGUGUGCUCAUAUUCAAGAAGGCACUGACUUUACAAACUCAACUCCAACCAUCAUCAUCAUCCACCAAACAAUAUCAGCUGUUGACCAUGCACGCCUUACAGAGCAUCCUCCAUCGAAACAAAGAACACAACGACCACAACCAUCAUCAACAACAAAAGCAACAACACAAACAACAAAAACAGCAACAACAACCUACACUACCAAAAACAAAACAACAGCAACAACCCAACACUAACGAACCAUCCUCAUCAUCCAAUCACCAUCAGCAGCUUCAAAACAACAACAACAAUGAGAAUACCCUACACACUGUGAAGGUGGUCUGUCGACUAAGACCACGUCUACCCGACGAAUCAACAGCCGAUCAAUCGGUCGUCGAAGUACUCAAUAACACCGAAAUCAGAAUCACUGAUCCUGUUAAACAACUCGUCAAUCGGUUCGACUUCUCCGCUUGUUACGACGAACAGAGCGGCCAACAUGAUAUCUAUCAUGGUCAGGUACACGAUAUGGUCAUCAAGAUCUUCGAGGGCGUCACUGCUACAAUUUUUACGUUUGGAUGUACGGGAUCAGGAAAGACGCAUACACUACAAGGUUCAGCAAAUGAUCCGGGGAUCACGCCACGAGCGGUGCGGACGAUAUUCGAGCGAGUGGAGAGCCUAACGGGAAGCCCAGAGGGAGCGAGGGGGAGCUACGAGCUGUCGAUCACCUGUUUCGAGAUCUGGAAGGACAAGGUCUGGGACCUCUUAGUCCAAGGCGGCACGAGCACGACCCGAGACGUUGGACGCGGAGAUCUCCCGAUCAGAGAGGCCGCCAACGGCCAGAUCAUCAUCCCCCAUCUCCGCCAUGUCACCAUCAAAAGCAUCGCCCAGUUCGACAAACUUUAUGCUCAGGUCAUGCGCUUCAGAUCCGUCUCAAGCACUAAACUCAACCAUACCUCCUCCCGCUCCCAUGCUAUCCUUACCAUCCAUCUCCAUCAUCUCGCCCCGGAUUCUUCCAUCCAUCAUCUCGGUAAAUGCGUCCUCAUCGAUCUCGCUGGAUCCGAAAAUAAUAAAAAAACUGGAAACGAACAUAAUAAGGAACGCAUGAAAGAAUCUGUCGAGAUCAAUCAAAGCUUAUUGGCCUUACGAAAAGUCGUUAGAUCUUUAAAUACUGGGGAUCAUCGAAUUCCGUAUAGAGAUUCCAAGUUAACAAGGAUCUUGAGUGACAGUUUGGGCGGGACUUCAGCGGGACUAGUGAUCUGCAACAUCGCUCCUCUAGCUUCACAAUAUCGAGAUACUAUCAAUACAUUAACUUUUGGUAGCCAUUCUCGAAAUGUGGAGAAUAAAGUCUCACAACCAGCUCUAGAAGUCUUAGAUCGAAAGUUUCUUUUACCAUCACUAUCAUUAUAUCAACAUCAUUCAAAAUCAGUCCCAAGUUUAUCGACGACCCAACUAGCGAACAACACGACGGAUGGGGCGACCAGCCGGAGUCCGAUCAAAUUAAGCUGGGCGCGGCGGCCGUCAGUGGAUGCGUUUUCAAAACUUCCGUUUCCACACAGUUCGUCGAAGAGUGGAGGAGGCAAUCCAGUCCAAGGUGGAGGAGGAGGAGUGACGAACCUGAACAUCCGCUCCCGCAAGCUUUCAGGAUGCUUCACCUCCCCAUCAUCUUCCUCCUCCUCCUCCAAUAAACCGACGCCUACUCAUCGCAAACUUAGCUUCAGACCCUCCGUCGUCAGCCUCCAUGCUCCCUUCAGAUCGCCCUCGGCUUCCUCCGCCCCCUCUCCCGAGCGCUCCAAUCCUCUCUCCGAUGACCUCGAUAAACGGGUCCAAGAAGCAAUGCGCAAAAACCUUGACCAGAUCGUCCAGAACCGGGUCGAUAUCCUUCUUCAAGCUAAACUCAAUGAGGGAAAUUUCGUCCCUCGAUCUGGACGAGAUUCAUCGACCUUAGUCGAUACCAGCACCAUCAGCCAACGAUUCUCAGAUCAUCUGGAUCCCUCUUCGCCUACUUCUCAAUCCACUACCACCACUGCAACCAUCCAAAUCAACGGAAACGCGCCGAAUCAUUCGUUCAAUUAUAAGAACGAGGACGGCGAUCGGUUGGAAGAACGGAUCUGUCAUCUCGAACAACAGUUUGUCAGUAUUAGCAAUCUUUUGCAUUCUGUGUCUACCUCUUCUAGGCCGAAAUCGGAAACCAAAAUCCCGCGUCCUUCGUUCCAAUAAUCUCUCUCUCCCGUUUUUCUUUCUAUAUAUAUAUAUACCCGCUUAAUCUGAUCUGCAUUCGUUCUAAUAAGACGCCGUUGGUGGCUUCAUCUAAUCUGUACAAAGAACACUUUCCUUUUUGUUGUUGUUGUUGUUGUUGUUGUUAAGAGGGGUGGGAUGAAGAGAGACCGAGUGAAGGAUGUAGUCUGUGCUGUUGUUGACGCUGCCAAUCUUCCCUGCUGCUUCUUCUUUUUUUUUCUGUUGGUGCUUGUGGCCUCUGUCUCUCUGGCAGAUAUGGCAGAGCUGCGCAAACGUCUCCCCGUGUCUUUGUUUCUCUCUCUCUUGCUCUUGCUCUUGUCCUCUAUCUAUCUAUCUAUCUGUCUUCUGUCGUCCUUUUUUUUUUUUUUCUGCAGAUGGUGUGGCCUGAUUCAGGCUCCUUGUCGGCGCUUUUUCUGGUUGUCUUUUUUUUCGGAGGGGAUGUGUGUGCUUGUGGUUAUGGAGACUACAUCUAAUUCGGAGAGGCUUCUGAUGCCUGUGAGGAGUGUGUUUCUCUCUUUUUCUCUCUCUCUGCCUAUAUGGAUACACGCUCUUUCUCUCUUCCUCUCUCUCUGUAUGUAUGCGUGUGUGUAGACAUAAUGAUCAUAGACCAUUCCUUGAUAUUAUUCUUUGUGUUGUUGUUGUUGUUGCUUCUUUGGUGUAUAUUUACGUUGCAAUAACGAUACUAAUAGGGAUCAUUCCAAUGACACUGUAUAAUCCAAUUGUUUUGGUUUCUAGUUGGG